UGUACAAAAGUGGCCAAACUGCAUUUUUCCAGGAUGCUAUUUGAAAAGGAGCAUUUUAUACGGUUUUUAGAAAUUGAAUCAAGGUUUUGGUAUAAAUUAUACAAAAUUUUGGAAAAAGCUGCUACCUGCAAUCUAAUAUCUGCUAGCUGGUAGUUGCAAUCUGCUCUAUCUAACCUGCAAUCUACUAUCUGCUAGCUGCAGAGCUGCUAGCUGCAAUCUGCUAGCUGCAAUCUGCUGGCUGCAAUCUGCUUGCUGCAAUCUGUUAGCUGCAAUCUGCUAGCUGCAGAACUGCUAGCUGCUACCUGCAAUUUGUCAGCUGCAAUCUGCUAACUGUUGAGACUGCCAGCCAAUGCUAAGUGCUAUUUCUAUUAUUUUUAUUAACUAUUAUUAAACUAAUUAUCAUAAUAAUCAUGGAAGAAGUUGAUUGUUCUUUGGUUGAAAGUUGGAUUAAAGAUGGAAAAACAUAUGCUUGGAUUAGUGAGCAAUUGCAGCAAUUGUAUCCUAACAUAUCAAGAGGUCUUUCUGUUCGGAGUGUUAGAAGGUUUUGCAAUAACCAUAAUAUUAGUAAAAUGACUGAUGAUGAACUUGAUGAUGUUGUUACUGAUGCAGUGAAAGAUGUGGGGGAGGUUUACGGAAGAAAAAUGAUGAAAGGGUAUUUAGCUUCAUCACUGGAUAUUGAUGUUGGAGAACAUCGAAUAGCAUCAUCUUUGCAACGAGUGGAUCCAGAGGGUUAUGAGAGACGAAGGAGUGAUACAGUAGACAGAGCCAAUCCUAUCCCAUAUUCAGCUCGUUACUUUGGCCAUAAAUUACAUAUGGACCAAAAUGAGAAAUUAAUUAGGUAUGGUGUUACUCACGUUAUUGCAGUUGAUGGGUUCUCAGGAAAAAUUGUUGCUCACACAUCCAUGCCAAUUAAAAACAAUUUAACUAUUUAUCAAAAAGUUUACAGAGAGGCAGUUUUGCAGUAUGGACUGUGGCAUCAGCUAAGAGUUGAUCAUGGGAGAGAAUUUUAUCUGUCACUAUAUGUUCAAAACCGUGCUAGAGAACUGCAUGGACCACAGGACAUAACUUCUUUUUGUCAAACUCCUUCUACUCAGAAUUUAGCUGUUGAGAGAUUAUGGGUUCAAGUUAACAGCAGAGUAAACUACCCAGUGAAACGUGUAUUAGUCAAAAUGGAAGAAAACCAACUACUGGACUUGUCUAACACAACAACGCAAUACUGUGUAUCUUAUGUGCUGAUUAACACAUGUAAUGUAGGCAUGGAGAGAUUUGUUGGAUCAUGGAAUGCACAUUCUAUUGCAGGGAAAGGAAUACCCAACAAUUUGGCAUUAAACUGUAAUACUUCCCCUGUGCCAGUGUCAGCUGUUCCAGUUGUAGAUACAGCUGCUAGAGAGUAUCAAAGAGACCAGGGACAGUUGACACUCUUUUCUAACUUUGGUACUGAUCCAAUUGGAAACAGACAAGAUUUAAUCAGAAGAAGAGAGCAUCUGUUUCAUUCAAAGGGAUUCACAUAUGAAAACAUGUUUACUAAUACAGUUUCUGAUGAUGGACAAAAACUAGUCAAUGGAAUCCUGAUGCACAUUGAAUUAACAAAUAGAUUAAGUUUAUUAUUGUGAUUGAUUUAGCAAAAUACCUGAUAAAUGUGAA